GACCCAAACACCCGAGUCCGGGUGCACUUUGGAGUCGCGCUGCUCCUCGGCCUUCCGGUGCGAGGGCCGGGGAACCUCCUCCCCCACUGGGCACCCCCACCUUCGUGGCCCAGAACCUCCCCGCUUCCGCCCCUCCUUCGCAGGGGGCAGUGCGGCGACGGUUGCCGGGAAGCGCGCGCCGCCCCUCCCUCUCCUCGUCCAUCCUCCCCUCACGCGCCACCCGUUUUUCCUCUUUCUCCGUUAAUAACAGCUGGGUGGCUGGGGGAGGAGGGAAGGUGGCCCCGGCGGAGUCUGGGCGGGCGCCUCCCACUCACCCGCGAGCUGCCGUGUGAGCCGGAGGAUGGCGGCGGUAGCUGCGGCCGCCCGGGAGGAGGCGGUACCGAGGCCCGGGGCGCAGAGAGCGGCGACGGCAGCAGAAAGCGGCAGCGACCCGUCGCGGCGCACCAGAACCGAAACCAGCGGCAGCCGCACAGCCACCUGAGCCGCCCCUCCCUCCAGAGCUAACGAGCUGCGUCCGCCGCAGCCCGACCUCCUUCCUCUCCGCCUCUCCUCGUUUCCCGCGACCUCCCGCAGGCCGCCGGUCUCGCCCCCCGCCCCCGAACACAAGAGCGCCCCGGGCGCCGACCGCCCUUCGGGGCGCGGGGCGGCGGCCCUGGACGUGCGGGCUUCUCCUUGCGCCGGCCGCGGCGCCUUGGCCCUGCCCGCUCGCUCCUGCGCUCGCUCCCGCCCUCCCGGCGCUCGGGGCGCCGCGCGCGGGCCCGGCCCGGGGCAGGGCGGCCAUGGGCGCCAAGCAGAGCGGCCCGGCCGCUGCUAACGGCCGCACCCGCGCCUAUUCGGGCUCGGAUCUACCUUCCAGCAGCAGCGGAGGCACCAAUGGGACCGUGGGCGGCGGCGGCGGCAGCAGCGGGGCGCGGGCCGUGGCCGCCGGGAGGUUUCCGGCUCAGGUGCCCGGCGCGCACCAGCCCAGCGCUUCGGGCGGUGCCGCGGCGGCCUCAGCGGCCCCGCGCAGUCGCUCCCUCGGCGGGGCCGUGGGGAGCGUGGCGUCGGCGGCCCGAGCGGCGCAGUCCUCCUUCAGCAUCCCCAACAGCAGCAGCGGCCCGUACGGCUCGCAGGACUCGGUACACAGCAGCCCCGAGGACGGCGGCGGCGGCAGAGACCGGCCGGCGAGCGGGGGCCCCGGCGGGCCGCGUCUGGUGAUCGGCUCCUUACCAGCUCAUCUCUCGCCGCACAUGUUUGGAGGAUUUAAGUGCCCCGUAUGCUCAAAAUUCGUACCUUCAGAUGAAAUGGAUUUGCAUCUUGUGAUGUGUUUAACAAAGCCAAGAAUAACCUAUAAUGAGGAUGUACUGAGUAAAGAUGCUGGGGAAUGUGCAAUAUGCCUUGAAGAAUUGCAGCAGGGAGAUACUAUAGCACGACUGCCUUGUCUAUGCAUAUAUCAUAAAGGCUGCAUAGAUGAAUGGUUUGAAGUAAAUAGAUCUUGCCCUGAGCACCCUUCAGAUUAAGCAUCAGCUUCCUGUUUUAUAGGUUUUCUUGUCUUUCCAAGAUGCUUGAAAAACUGAGAGGAUAUGAGGAUCUGUCUCUGGAAAAAGAAAAAACUGCAGGCAUACUCAGCCAGAAAUCUUGAGUUCUGUGAGACUUGGUAAUGCAGAGAUGGACAAUCAUACAGGGGGAUAACCCUGCUGAAGAGAGGACAGUUGCCACAGAACUCAGUGUACCAAACAUGCAUAUAAAGGACACACAGGGAUUUUGAAAAUGCUGCACAUCCCUUAAUAGUCAUCUACAUAGGUAACAUUGAUAAACAUUUUGUAUUCAGACGCCAAAGUUAACUGAUUUAGAAGUUGAUUUUAUUAAGUUCUGUAGAGCUGCGCAAAUAGUUGUGUUUUGACUUGGUUUUUAGUUGGGGGUCACUUUAUUUUCCCCAACACGAUGUUUCUGCAUUCAUCUAUUCUUAAACUGAAGACCACAUAAUGUACUUCUUAUAAAUUAAAGUCUUAACUGUGAAAACAAGAAAUGUAAUCAAGCAGUAAAACAUUGUCUAAAUGUAGACCAUGAUCUCAAGUUCUUCUAUUUUUUUCCCCCAAAAGUGGAAAAUAGACUUCUGCAUAGGAGAGCUAAAAUAUGUUAAUAUUUGAAAUUAAAGGUGUAACAGUACCAGAAUGCAGUCCAAAGAGUAAAUCAGGUUACAUAGUUGUUUUAAUGAACUAAAUCUAAGAUUGUCGAUUGAAUUGCAAUUUAUUAAAUGUAUUAUUUCCUCAUAAGUAAAACCGCUCAAUAGUUAAUCAGUAAUGAAUCAUCUUGCAGCUAUGCAACUUUUUAAAAAAAUACAAAUUACCAAUUUUAAGUGCUGCCAGCUAUAAUAACUUUGUUUUAACGGGUAUUUUUAUUUGUUCUCUUCAUGUUUAAUUAUUUUAUUGUGCUUUGCAUCUCCAGACAGUUUUCCCACAUUUGGAUAGAAUGUUUAGCAGGUUGUAAACUUCGUAACUUAUGAAAAGGGUAAAAUAAAAUUUUCUUGAGUGGAACUUGGAAUAAUUUGAGGGACAUUUUAUAUACUUUUAAAAAUCAGAAUUUAAUCAGGAUGCCAGAUUUAUAGCAAUUUGCAUCUUUAAUUUUCCAGAUAAUCUGGAGGUUAGUGUUUGAUAAAUGAUUUUUUAAAGCAAAUAUGAAGAUUUUGUUAAUUUAUAAUUUAUUAAAAUGUUAUUACUGUAAUUGAAAAUGUUAUAGAGACUUUUAAAUUCAGUCUUGUGUAGAAAGAAAUGUAUGAAGCAAAAUUAUGUGAAUAAAUAUUCCCAUAAAAUACA